GGCCCGCGCUGCCCGGCGGCGGCUACGCGCGUGCGGGCCCCGCCUGGCCCCCCCCGCCCCGCGCCCCCCGGCCAUGGGGCUGAAGGCCUGGCAGAAGGCGCUGUUCCCGCUGCGCUCGGUGGGCGCCGUGGUGCGGCUCUUCGAGGCGGAGCUGCGCCAGCCCGAGCCCGACCUGGUGCUGCUCUCGCUGGUGCUGGGCUUCGUCGAGCACUUCCUGGCCGUCAACCGCGUGCUGCCCACCAACGUGCCCGGCAUCAGCUUCGAGGCCCGCCCGGGCCCCGAGCCCCACACGCUCGCCUACUUCCCCGUGGCCGAGCUGUCCAUCGUGGCCGCCCUCUACGCCCGCUUCACGGCCCAGAUCCGCGGCGCUGUCGACCUCUCGCUCUACCCCCGCCCCGACGGCUUCUCCUCCCGCGACCUCGUCAAGAAGGUCUCCGACGUCAUCUGGAACAGCCUCAGCCGCUCCUACUUCAAGGACCGGGCCCACAUCCAGUCGCUCUUCAGCUUCAUCACAGGGACGAAGCUGGACAGCUCGGGGGUGGCGUUCGCGGUGGUGGGCGCCUGCCAGGCGCUGGGGCUGCCCGACGUGCACCUCGCGCUCUCCGAGGACCACGCGUGGGUCGUGUUCGGGCGCCAGGGCGAGCAGACGGCCGAGGUCACCUGGCACGGCAAGGGCAACGAGGACCGCCGCGGGCAGACCGUGCACGCCGGCGUGGCCGAGCGGAGCUGGCUGUACCUGAAGGGCUCGUUCGUGCGCUGCUCGCGGCACAUGGAAGUGGCCUUCAUGGUCUGCGCCAUCAACCCGGCCAUCGACCCGCACACCGACAGCCUCGAGCUGCUCCAGCUCCAGCAGCGCCUGCUCUGGCUGCUCUACGACCUGGGGCACCUGGAGAGGUACCCCAUGGCCCUGGGCAACCUGGCUGACCUGGAGGAGCUGGAGCCCACGCCGGGGCGGCCGGACCCCCUCACCAUCUACCACAAGGGCAUCCUCUCGGCGCGCACCUACUACAACAACGAGCACAUCUACCCCUACAUGUACCUGGCCGGGUACCACUGCCGCAACAAGAACGUCAAGGAGGCGCUCGAGGCCUGGGCCGACACGGCCACCGUCAUCCAGGACUACAACUACUGCCGGGAGGACGAGGAGAUCUACAAGGAGUUCUUCGACGUGGCCAACGACGUGAUCCCCAACCUGCUCAAGGAGGCGGCCAACGCGGCCGAGCCGGCGGGCGCCGGCGCCGAGGCAGCCCCCUGCCCGGGGGGGGUCUCGGCGCUGCAGGACCCCGAGUGCUUCGCCCACCUGCUGCGCUUCUACGACGGCAUCUGCAAGUGGGAGGAGGGCAGCCCCACGCCGGUGCUGCACGUCGGCUGGGCCACCUUCCUCGUGCAGUCCCUGGGCCGCUUCGACGGGCAGGUGGGUGCGGGGGGGUCCCGGGGGGGUCCCGGGGGGGGUCCGUGGGUCCCGGGGGGGUCCGUGGGUCCCGACGGCGCCGGAGGGCAGCCCCACGCCGGUGCUGCACGUCGGCUGGGCCACCUUCCUCGUGCAGUCCCUGGGCCGCUUCGACGGGCAGGUGGGUGCGGGGGGGUCCCGGGGGGGUCCCGGGGGGGGUCCGUGGGUCCCGGGGGGGUCCGUGGGUCCCGGCGGCGCCGGGGGGCAGCCCCACGCCGGUGCUGCACGUCGGCUGGGCCACCUUCCUCGUGCAGUCCCUGGGCCGCUUCGACGGGCAGGUGGGUGCGGGGGGGUCCCGGGGGGGUCCCGGGGGGGGUCCGUGGGUCCCGGGGGGGUCCGUGGGUCCCGACGGCGCCGGGGGGCAGCCCCACGCCGGUGCUGCACGUCGGCUGCGCCACCUUCCUCGUGCAGUCCCUGGGCCGCUUCGACGGGCAGGUGGGUGCGGGGGGGUCCCGGGGGGGUCCCGGGGGGGGGGGUCCGUGGGUCCCGGCGGCGCCGGGGGGCAGCCCCACGCCGGUGCUGCACGUCGGCUGGGCCACCUUCCUCGUGCAGUCCCUGGGCCGCUUCGACGGGCAGUCCCUGGGCCGAUUCGACGGGCAGGUGCGGCAGAAGGUGACGCUGGCGUCGCGGGACGCGGAGCCGCCCGAGGACGAGGAGCCGGGCGGCGAGGAGGCGCGCGAGGGCCGGCGCCGCGGCCCCCGCCGCGAGUCCAAGCCCGAGGAGCCCCCGGCGCCCAAGAAGGCGCCCGAGCGACGCCGGCCCGGCUCCGGCCCGCGGCCCGAGCGGCCGCCGGGCGACGAGGCCCCCGCCGGCCCCGCCGCCGCCGCCGGCCCCCCCGCCGCCGCCGCGCCGCCCCCCGCCGCCGCCGCCGCCGCCGCCGCGGGGCCCGUGCUCGUCUUCCAGAGCGAGAAGAUGAAGGGGAUGAAGGACCUGCUGCGCGCGCCCAAGAUCAACUCCAGCGCCAUCAAGCUGCAGCUCACGGCCCAGUCGCAGGUGCAGCUCAAGAAGCAGAAGGCUUCGCCCAGCGACUACACGCUCGCCUUCCUCAAGCGCCCGCGCAAGGUGCUCUGAGCCGCCCCGCGCCGGCGGGCGGACGCGCGGGCGGGCGGACGGACGGACGGACGCCCCGGCGGCGGGGCGGGGGGGUGGCACCCGUCCCGGGGAGCUACGGGGCGGGCGCAGCCGGAGCGUCCGGGAGGG